AUGAAUGUUAUACCAUUGAAGGCGUUUCUUAUUAACUAUGUAUUUAUUAUUUAGGGUAAAAUGUCCUAUGUAUUUAACUAUAUAAACAAAGUUGAUACUUUCUUGGAUGAAAGGUGGUCUACGAUUUUGUGGUUGUUUAAAUAUAAUGACAGAUUAAUAUUUACUUUCGGAACUUCUUUGGUACAUUUCCUAUCGUUCUUGGUAAUUAACAUAUUCUACAUGUAUGUUGAUUACAGCGGAAAACCGGUAUGGAUGCUCAAAUACAAAAUAAAGAAAGAUAAACAUUUCCCGGUGAAACCAAGUCGGUUCUUCUGGUGCUGCGCUGUAGUUUUAUUCAAUGAAAUUCUCUCCUGUGUUCUCAUCUAUCUUUCGUAUCCAAUCAUGAAAUACACCGGCAUGUCAUGUGAUCAACCUGUACCACAACUCUGGAAGUUGUAUCUGCUUUUCGUUGCUUUCGGGCAUUUUGGCUACAGUGCAUUCCACUACUUUCACAGGUUAAUGCACCAUCCUUCCAUUUACAAGUACUGCCACAAAAUGCACCACGAGUGGAUAGCACCCAUCAGUAUUGCUGCUGUAUACUCUCAUCCGAUCGACCACAUUGUAUCCAAUUUCAUCCCUUACUUUAUCGGACCUAUUCUGCUUGGUUCUCAUCUCUCUAUUACCUGGUGAUGGAUUAUUUAUGCUCAAGCAACCAGUUCAAUUCACCAUAGCAAUUACCAUCUUCCAUUUUUAUCUUCUCCUCAAUAUCACAACUACCAUCACGUUAAGUAA